AUGGCUCUGGUCCCCAGCACUCCUCAGCGGACCACCGGAGCGGUAAAGACGGCGACCCCGCGCACGGCGCUCAAGCCGCGCACUGCACUCAGCAAAACCAUCCACUCGUUCGACGCCAACUCGUCGUACGUCGAGGCCGAUGACGCUACCUACAUCCACGAAACCACCGACGACGACCUGGAAGACGACGGCGAAGAGUUCAGUGUUGUCGACGACCUGAUGGUGGCCACCCCUGUCGAGUCUACUCCUGAAACCAAGUCUGAAACCAAGCCUGAAACCGAGCCGAUCUUGCCGCCGCCCACGCUGAAUUUCCAAAAGUUUAUCGUUAAGCACGAGAUCGGGCGCAAGCUUCUCCACCUGUUUAUCGGCGUGUUCACGCUUAAGAUGUACACCAUGGGUAUCUCGCAGCGCCAGUUCAUUUUGCCGUUGUUUAUCCUUUUCACCGUCAUCUUCAUCAACGACUUUGUCCGGUUCCGUAACCCUAAACUCAACCAACGCAUCGUCAGAGCGACGUGGUGGAUGAUCCGUGAGAACGAGAUCAACGAGUAUAACGGCACCUUGUGGUACUUGGUCGGGCUCAUCAUCGUGUUCAUCAUCAUGCCCAAGGACGUGCUGAUGAUGUCGGUGUUGUUGUUGCUGUGGGCCGACACCGCGGCGCUGUCGGUGGGGCGUGCCUGGGGUAAGUAUACUCCCAAGAUCUCUACCAACAAGCUGGUGGCCGGCUGUUUAGGCUCGUUUGCCGCCGGGGUGUUUGCCUGUGUGCUUUUCUACGGGUACUUUGUCCCCCAUUACCCGCAAGUGAACCAACCCGGCGACGUGUUGUGGGACCCUGCCCACUCGAAGAUGACGUUGGCGACGUUUGCCGUCGCCACCGGCGUCAUCGCCCUGGUGCUGGAGAUGAUUGACUUCAUGGGGCUCGACGACAACUUCACCAUCCCCGUCAUCUCGGCGUUUGCCCUCUACGUGCUCAUUCGCGCCACCGAAGUGUAA